AUGGAUUCUACGACCCGAAUCCCCUCAUUUCGCUCCCGGUACCGUCAAUUCGGAUCAAAGCUGGCCUUCAUCCAGUACCAUGGCUCGCCUUGGGACAGAGUAAGUGCCUUCCACAGAGCAAUCUAUAUGGCCUUGAGCAUGGGCAUUGUUGAUCAUCAACAUGAGAGUAGGACAACGAACUUCCCCGCAAUCCGCGCCUGCAUUUUCGACCUGGACGGGCUUCUCAUCAACUCCGAAAACAUAAUCACUCAAUCCACGAACCGACUUCUUGAAAAGUAUGGAAGGCCCCCCUUUACUCCAUCGAUUCGAGCCCAGCUCAUGGGCGUCCCAGACUCGACAAACAGCGACGUGUUCCACAACUGGGCCAAGUUGCCCAUCUCCCGCGAGCAAUUCGCGCGUGAAUUGAGGGAAGAAAUGUGCCUGCACUUCUCGAAUUGUACGCCGCUGCCUGGCGCGGAGAAGCUCCUGUCGAGCCUCAGCCGUGCACGGAGUGCUUCUUCUGGGGACAGGAUUGAGCUGGCAUUGGCAUCCAGCACCAAGAGCCAUAGCUACGAAUUGAAAACUUCAAGGCCGGAAACGAAGCAGCUGCUUAGCUUUUUCCCGUCUGACAGGCGUGUCCUGGGUGAUGACCCGAGAGUACGACAGGGUCGAGGGAAGCCAGCGCCGGAUAUAUAUCUACUUGCGUUGCAGGCGUUGAACUCUGCGGCAGACUCUGGGGGAAAGGCCAUCUUGCCCAGCGAAUGUUUGGUCUUUGAAGAUAGCUUGGUUGGGGUAGAGGCUGGAAGAUGGGCUGGGAUGAGGGUUGUUUGGGUACCGCACCCAGAUGUGGCGGUCGAGUAUCAAGCCAGGCUGAAGGAUGUGCUGGCUGGGAGGACGGGGAUUGAAAUCGAAGACGACUGGCAGCUAGGAGAGAUUGAUGACGGCUGGGCUGAAAGCAUCCCGAAUCUGGAACACUUGGAUUGCCAGAAGUACGGCAUUGUUGUACAGUCCUAG